AUGUCCACUGAUGGAAGACAUGCGCUGGUGGAGGCAAAGGCCAGACUCAAGGCCAAGGUCAAGGCGCUCAAAGACGAUCGGAAGCGGGAUCGGAUUGGGGUGGUCGACAUCAUCGUCAUGGUCGACAUCAUCGUCAUGGUCGACAUCAUCGUCAUGGUCGACAUCAUCGUCAUGGUCGACAUCAUCGUCAUGGUCGACAUCAUCGUCAUGGUCGACAUCAUCGUCAUGGUCGACAUCAUCGUCAUGGUCGACAUCAUCGUCAUGGUCGACACCAUCGUCAUGGUCGACAUCGUCAUGGUCGACACCAUCGUCAUGGUCGACAUCAUCGCCAUGGUCGACAUCAUUGUCAUGGUCGACAUCAUCGUCAUGGUCGACAUCAUCGUCAUGGUCGACAUCAUUGUCAUGGUCGACAUCGUCAUGGUCGACACCAUCGUCAUGGUCGACAUCAUGGUCAUGGUCGACAUCAUCGUCAUGGUCGACAUCAUCGCCAUGGUCGACAUCAUCUACAAAGAAGUUUCGGCAAAGUUGGCAGCAGCAGCAGCAUCGACACCACCUCCUGUACCGUCGCCGGACCCGGCACCUGUGUCACAAUCGGUGACGGUUGACGAGGCAAGCUGGCCGGUGGUCAAGGCCCACCUCAAGGCCGACAUUAAGCGCCUCAAGACAAACGCUGCCGACGCCGCCGCCAUCGAGCCGGUCUACGCCGCGUACAUGGCGGUCAAGGCUGCGACUCCAGGCUCGACUCUCACUCUUGCAGCCGAAAUGUUGCCACCUCAGCUACGAUCGUCCGCUCCGGUCCCUGCCCCGCAUUCUGCUGCUGAAACCCACGCCCAAGACUUUGAGCAGCGCAAGACGGAGCUGAAGGCCCAGAUCAGACAGCUCAAGUCGAUCGGUGCCGACGAGGCCACCAUCGCUCCGGUCUACGCCGAGUACCAGAAGCUCCGCCUGGCCUUGGCGGCCACGCCUGCCGCUCCUGCUGUCGUUGCCGUCCCGCUUCCGGCCACGCGCUCGUUCUCGGCGGCCGACAUCGACGACAUCUCAUCCGACGAUGAAUGCAAGCCGCAGGCACCUGACCCUGUCGUGUACGCGCCGCACGUCCCUCUGGCGCCCGCCGCCGGCGAUCCGUUCCAGUUUUCGUCGUCGGACGACGGCCGACCCGAUGGCAGCCGUGCGCCAGACCUUGCCCACGGCAUCUACCGUGCCGAGCUGGAGGAGACCUCGGACUCGGGCUCGGGCUCAGGGGACGACGACGACGAUAGUGAUGAUGACCUUUGCGACGACGGCGAUGCGGCAAGCAGCAUGGUCGCCGGCCUGGUCGGUGUCCGCGGCAUCCGCCGUCGUAAGGUCCGCAAGGGCAAGGCCAAGGGCCUGGCGUCACCAGCGUUUAUCUCCAUCACGUCGGCCGACGUUGCGCUGUCGGCGGUCAAGGGCGACGGUAGUGUCGAGGAUAAGGUCAUGAUGCGGAUCCCGCUGAGGGCGCUGCGCGUGGCCGAGUCGGAAGGUGGCCGGGUUGUCGUCAAGUUUGGCCCGGGCCUCGCCUCGGAGCUCGUCAUUGAGCCGUUUCCAGUGAGCGCCGCCUCGCCUGGCUCGCAAACCGUGCUCGGCAUCGACGACAUCGCCGAGUCACUCGUCGGCUCGUCGCUCCGUGUCCUCGCCACCGCCCGAAAGAAGCUGCGAUUCUCGGCGCCACCGCCUCCCUUUACUGGCGGUGUCCUCCGUCUCGACUGGGUACGUGUCGUUCACGGACCGGAUGUCGAGCCGUGGCUUGUCCUCGCCACGUCGGACUGCUUCAUCAACGUCUUUGCCGCCGUCCCAACCUCCGAGAUCGAGCUCGACGAAGCCGAUGCCUGGAAGCUUCCGGGACUCUGGCUGCGACUUUCGCGGCGGUCGUCGGGCCGCAACACCCGGUUCGAGGUCAACAUCCACACCGGCACCCGCAUCGCACACCCGCUACUGCUCCAAGGCCGCGCGGCUGCAAGCAAGCUUCUCCCGUCGCCGCGGAGCACCGCUCCGCCAGACGAUACGGCCUCGGACGCCUCCGAGGGCUGUGAGAGCUCGGAAUGGGUCCUCAAGAUCGGCUUUGCCACCGAAGCCGCCAUGAAGCGAUGGUUCAAGGCCGCCAAGACCAUGUCGUUUUCCACCCUCGAAGCCGCACUUCGGACCGGGCCGCUCUCGUUCCCCGGCCGCGACUUGCGGACUGGGCAGCACUUGCGGCUGGUCAUUGCCGCAGACGUCUCGUCGAGCGCAGGCACCACACAUUUGUGCGCCUUUCGCAUCUACCAUACGCCUGCCGCGUUCUCCGGCGUCUGGCCGCCGCUCGCGCCCCACGAGCUGCCGGCCCACGAGUGGCUCAUCCACCACCACAUCACAACACUCAAGGUAGUCGGCACCGCACGCGAGGCGUUGCACCUCGGCUUUGCCGCUGGCAAGGGCCCGGACGGCGCCGCCUCCCUCCGCAUCGGCUCGCCUGAGGCUCACGCCGUUCUCAACGUCUUUCACAAGAUUAAGCACGCCAUCGCAGGCAAGCUGCGCCAGCCGGCGGCAGCGCAACAGGUGGUCACGUAUUGA